UUUUUACGAGAGCAGAGAGCGGCUUUGGUCAUUUCUCCGUCAAAUUAAUCAAUAUUGAGUUCAAACAAAUAAAGGUUUCAUACGAUGGGAGACAAGAAGAGCCCCACAAGGUACAAUUACAUGUUUAUCUAGAAAAAUUACCACUUGUAAACCGAGCAUGCGACCAAUGGAUGCGUAGCGGUUGUUACAUUGUAGCUUCAUGGCGGCUGACUGGCUCUUUUAUGCCGGGGCUACCGUGUGUCAAAUAGAAGAACUUUAACGUUACCUAGUAAAUCUGACCAUACGGCUCAGAUAAGAGUCAUUUGUAUUGUUGUGUUUUUGUACAAAUACACAUCCAUGAAUGUUACCUAAAAUGGCUAUGCUGACACUGUCGCGCCCCUUCUGUCUGUCUGUCUGUUUGUUUUGUUUGAAGGCCGAAGCGGCAACCCAAGCCCUCUUCUGACGAUGGAUACUGGGACUGUAGCGUAUGUACUUUCAGGAACACCGCCGAAGCUUUCAAGUGCAUGAUGUGCGAUGUCAGAAAGGGAACGUCAACCCGGUAAGAAGGGUUUACACUAGUUACCACAUCCACAAAGUCGAAAUUGUCUAUCAUAACAAUUCAUGAAAAUAUACAUUUGCUUUUUGGUCUUAAUUUAAGGUUAGGCAUAAGGUUAGCAGUGUGGUUGAGGUUAGGUUUAGGUAUAAAAUCACAUUUUAAUAAGAUACAUUCCUUCCAGUUCUCUGCUGCCAAUGACUGGAACGAACUUCAAAAAUCUCUGAAGCUGGAGACUCUUAUCUCCCUCACUAACUUUAAGCAUCAGUUGUCAGAGCAGCUUACCGAUCACUGCACCUGUACACAGCCAUUCUGAAAUUAGCCCACCCAAGUACCUCAUCCCCAUAUUGUUAUUUAUUUAGCUAAUUUGCACCCCAGUAUCUCUAUUUGCACAUCAUCUUUUGCACAUCUAUCAUUCCAGUGUUAAUACGAAAUUGUAACCAUUUUGCACUAUGGCCUAUUUAUUGCUUUACCUCCAUAACUUACUACAUUCGCACACACGGUGUAUAUAUUUUCUGGUGUAUUUUUGACUUUAUGUUCUGUUUACCCCAUAUGUAACUGUGUUGUUGUUUUUAUCGCACUGCUUUGCUUUAUCUUGGCCAAGUCGCAGUUGUAAAUGAGAACUUGUUCUCAAUUGGCUUAUCUGGUUAAAUAAAGGUGAAAUAAACUAAAUAAAAAAGAAGUAGGUGGGGUAACUAGUGACGAUCGGUAAGAAGUCCAGACAGUUGAUGUCCAAUCAAAUACAAUUUUAUUGGCCACAUGCGCCGAAUACAACAGGUGUAGACAUUACAGUGAAAUGCUUACUUACAGCCCUUAACCAACUGCAUUUAUUUUUAAAUAAAAAAGUAAAAUAAAACAACAACAAAAAAGUGUUGAGGAAAAAAAGAGCAGAAGUAAAAUAAAAUAACAGUAGGGAGGCUAUAUAUACAGGGGGGUACCGGUGCAGAGUCAAUGUGCGGGGGCACCGGCUAGUUGAGGUAGUUGAUGUAAUAUGUACAUGUGGGUAGAGUUAAAGUGACUAUGCAUAAAUAAUUAACAGAGUAGCAGCAGUGUAAAAAGAUGGGGUGGGGGUGGGGGGGCAGUGCAAAUAGUCUGGGUAGCCAUGAUUAGCUGUUCAGGAGUCUUAUGGCUUGGGGGUAGAAGCUGUUGAGAAGUCUUUUGGACCUAGACUUGGCACUCCGGUAUUGCUUGCCGUGUGGUAGCAGAGAGAACAGUCAAUAACUAGGGUGGCUGGAGUCUUUGACAAUUUUGAGGGCCUUCCUCUGACACCGCCUGGUAUAGAGGUCCUGGAUGGCAGGAAGCUUGGCCCCAGUGAUGUACUGGGCCGUACGCACUACCCUCUGUAGUGCCUUGUGGUCGGAGGCCGAGCAGUUGCCAUACCAGGCGGUGAUGCAACCGGUCAGGAUGCUCUCGAUGGUGCAGCUGUAGAAUUUUUUGAGGAUCUGAGGACCCAUGCCAAAUCUUAUCAGUCUCCUGAGGGGGAAUAGGCUUUGUCGUGCCCUCUUCACUACUGUCUUGGUGUGUUUGGACCAUGAUAGUUUGUUGGUGAUGUGGACACCCAAGGAACUUGAAGCUCUCAACCUGUUCCACUACAGCCCCGUCGAUGAGGAUGGGGGCGUGCUCAGUCCUCUUUUUUUUCCUGUAGUCCACAAUCAUCUCCUUUGUCUUGGUCACGUUGAGGGAGAGGUUGUUAUCCUGAUCAGGCCUACCACUGUUGUGUCGUCGGCAAACUUAAUGAUGAUGUUGGAAUCGUGCCUGGCCAUGCAGUCAUGGGUGAACAGGGAGUACAGGAGGGGACUGAGAACACACCCCUGAGGGGCCCCCGUGUUGAGGAUCAGUGUGGCCCGUCAGGAAGUCCAGGAUCCAGUUACAGAGGGAGGUGUUUAGUCCCAGGAUCCUUAGCUUAGUGAUGAGCUUUGAGGGCACUAUGGUGUUGAAUGCUGAGCUGUAGUCAAUGAAUAGCAUUCUCACGUAGGUGUUCCUCUUGUCCAGGUGGGAAAGGGCAGUGUGGAGUGCAAUAGAGAUUGCAUCAUCUGUGGAUCUGUUGGGGUGGUAUGCAAAUUGGAGUGGGUCUAGGGUUUCUGGGAUAAUGGUGUUGAUGUGAGCCAUGACCAGCCUUUCAAAGCACUUCAUGGCUACAGACGUCAGUGCUACGGGUCGGUAGUCAUUUAGGCAGGUUAUCUUAGUGUCCUUUGGCACAGGGACUAUGGUGGUCUGCUUGAAACAUGUUGGUAUUACAGAAUCAGUCAGGGACAUGUUGAAAAUGUCAGUGAAGACACUUGCCAGUUGGUCAGCACAUGCUCGGAGUACACGUCCUGGUAAUCCGUCUUGUGAAUGUUGACCUGCUUAAAAGUCUUACUCACAUUGGCUACGGAGAGCGUGAUCACAUAGUCAUCUGGAACAGCUGGUGCUCUCAUGCAUGCUUCAGUGUUGCUUGCAUAGAAGGGGUUUAGCUCGUCUGGAAGUCUUGUGUCACUGGGCUGCUCGCGGCUGUGCUUCCCUUUGUAGUCUGUAAUAGUUUUCAAGCCCUGACACAUCUGACGAGCGUCAGAGCUGGUGUAGUACGAUUCAAUCUUAGUCCUGUACUGACUCUUUGCCUGUUUGAUGGUUCGUCGGAGGGCAUAGCGGGAUUUCUUAUAAGCGUCCGGGUUAGAGUCCCGCUCUUUGAAAGCGGCAGCUCUACCCUUUAGCUCAGUGCGGAUGUUGCCUGUAAUCCAUGGCUUCUGGUUGGGGUAUGUACGUACGGUCACUGUGGGGACGAUGUCAUCGAUGCACUUAUUGAUGAAGCCAGUGACUGAUGUGGUGUACUCCUCAAUGCUAUCUGAAGAAUCCCGGAACAUUUUCAGUCUGUGCUAGCAAAACAGUCCUGUAGCUCAGCGUCUGUGUCAUCUGACCACUUUUUUAUUAACCGAGUCACUGGUGCUUCCUGCUUUAGUUUUUGCUUAUAAGCAGGCAUCAGGAGGAUAGAGUUAUGGUCAGAUUUGCCAAAUGGAGGGCGAGGGAGAGCUUUGUAUGGAGUAAAGGUGGUCUAGAGUUUUUUUUCCUCUGGUUGCACAUUUAACAUGCUGGUAGAAAUUAGGUAGAACAGACUUUUGGAUGUAAACGUAUUGUGCAGCUGACGCUACAACCGAGGACUCAUAAAUAAUUGUAAUUGUAGCCCAAAUUCAAGUGGUUAUUUUGAAUGAGACAUUUCUAAUUUGGGGACAUUAUUUGCCAGAUUCUAUGUUCUGGCAGAUUGUGUCAAAUAUGUUGUUUUUAUCAAUACAGGGAUAAAACAACAAGUUUGAACCCUUCUAAAUGACAUUUCUCAGUAACAUUUCUCAAGAUGUCAUGAGCCAUGCACAGAACUUUUAUAUUUACAUAAGUAUUCAGACCCUUUGCUAUGAGACUCAAAAUUGAGCUCAGGUACAUCCUGUUUCCAUUGAUCAUCAUUGAGAUGUUUCUACAACUUGAUUGGAGUCCACUUGUGGUAAAUUCAAUUGAUUGGACAUGAUUAGUCCCCUGUAGCUCAGUUACAUUUACAUUUUAGUCAUUUAGCAGACGCUCUUAUCCAGAGCGACUUACAGUUAGUGAAUACAUUAUUAUUUUUUGUAUUUGUAUUUUUAAUUUUGUAUACUGCCCCCCCCCGUGGGAAUCGAACCCACAACCCUGGCGUUGCAAACGCCAUGCUCUAUCAACUGAGCUACAUCCCUGCCGGCCAUUCCCUCCCCUACCCUGGACGACGCUGGGCCAAUUGUGCGUCGCCCAUGACUCUCCCAGUCGCGGCCGGCUGCGACAGAGCCUGGAUUCGAACCAGGAUCUCUAGUGGCACAGUUAGCACUGCGAUGCAGUGCCUUAGACCACUGCGCCACUCAGGAGUACAGUUGGUAGAGCAUGGCACGUGCAACGCCAGGGUUGUGGGUUUGUUUCCCACGGGGGGCCAGUAUGAAAAUUUAUGCACUCACUAACUGUAAGUCGCUCUGGGUAAGAGCGUCUGCUAAAUGAAUAAAAUGUAAAAUUUGGAAAGGCACACAACUGUCUAUAUAAGGUCCCACAGUUGACAGUGCAUGUCAGAGCAAAAACCAAGCGAUGAGGUCGAAGGAAUAGUCCGUAGAGCUCAGAGAAAGGAUUGUGUCGAGGCACAGAUCUGGGGAAGGGUACAAACAAUUUCUGCAGCAUUGAAGGACCCCAAGAACACAGUGGCCAUCAUUCUUAAAUGGAAGAAGUUUGGAACCACCAAGACUAUUCCUAGUGCUGGCUACCCGGCCAAACUGAGCAAUCGGGGGAGAAUGGCCUUGGUCAGGGAGGUAACCAAGAACCCAAUGGUCACCCUGACAGAGUUAGAGUUCCUCUGUGCAGAUAGGAGAACCUUCCAGAAGGACAACCAUCUCUACAGCACUCCACCAAUCAGGCCUUUAUGGUAGAGUGGCCAGACGGAAGCCACUCCUCAGUAAAAGGCACAUGACAGCCCACUUGGAGUUUGCUAAAAGGCACCUAAAGACUCUCAGACCAUGAGAAAUUAGAUUUUCUGGUCUGAUGAAACCAAGAUCGAACUCUUUGGCCUGAAUGCCAAGCAUAACUUCUGGCGGAAAUCUGGCACCAUCCCUACGGUGAAGCAUGGUGGUGGCAGCAUCAAGCUGUGGGGAUGUUUUUCACCUGCAGGGACUGGGAGACACAGCCAAGACAACGCAGGAGUGGCUUCGGGACAAGUCUCUGAAUGUCCUUGAGUGGUCCAGCCAGAGCCCGGACUUGAACCUGAUCGAACAUCUCUGGAGAAACCUGAAAAUAGCUGUGCAGCAACUUUCCCCAUCCAACCUGACAGAGCUUGAGAGGAUCUGCAGAGAAGAAUGGGAGAAACUCCCCAAAUACAGGUGUGCAAAGCUUGUAGCUUCAUACCCAACAAGACUCGAGGCUGUAAUCGCUGCCAAAGGUGCUUCAAAUAAGUACUGAGUAAAGGGUCUGAAUACUUAUGCAAAUGUGAUAUUUCAAAUCAAAUGACAUUUUAUUUGCCAUAUGCGCCAAAUACAACAGGUGUAGACCUUACAGUGAAAUGCUUACAAGCCCUUAACCAACAAUGCAGUUUUAAGAAAAAUUAAACAUAAGUGUUAAGUAAAAAAUAAAAAUGGCAAAUAAUUAAAGAGCAGCAAUCAAAUAAUGUGAAUGUUGACCUGCUUACAUUUUUUUAUUUUCAAUUAGCAACAAUUUCUAAAAUCCUGUUUUUGCUUUGUCAUUAUGGGGUAUUGUGUGCAGAUUGAUAAAAAAAACUUUCGCUUUAACCUAACAACAUUUUGAAAAAGUAAACGGGUCUGAAUACUUUAUGAAGGCACUGUAUGUACCUGCUGCUCAUGGCUUAAUAUCCAAUAUUAAUAAUCACUUCUCUGUUUUUAGGAAGCCUCGCCCUGUCUCCCAAAUGGUUGCCCAGCAAGUCACUCCGCAGUUUGCUUCACCCACACAACCUAAAAAAGAGAAGAAGGAGAAAUCCGAGAAAGAGAAGAGUGAAAAGGAACCAACACUGAAAAAGAACAGCCACAAGAAGAUGAGGUAAGGAGGAAACUGUUUGAACAACAUAUUCACAAAGAUACUAUGAAUGUUGGAGAAUAUUUUAAUAAUCUCAUUUAAUUGCGAUGAUUUACAUGAUUACUACAUUCUAUCAAAGUCAUUCACAGGUUCCAAGUGACCCCUCCUAUUGUUAGUACCCUAACUAGCCAUACUAUUGACUCUCCUCUUGUGCUAUUAAUGACAAUAUACAGUGGGUAUCAUAAGUAUUCACCCCCCCCUUAGAUGUUUUCACAUUUUGUUGCGUUAUAGUGGGAUUGAAAUAGAUUUAAUUGUUUUUUUUCUUCUUCAUCGAUCUACACAAGAUACUCCAUAAUGUUGAAGUAAAAAGAACAUUCUCAAAAUGUGUACUAAUUAAUAUCUUUUAAAUAAAAUAAAUAUAGUCUUUGCGUAAGUAUUCAGCCCCUUUGUUUAGGCAAGCCUAAAUUAGUUCAGGAGUAAAAUGUGGCUUAACAAAUUACAUAAUAAGUUACAUGGAACCACUCUGUGUGAAAUAAAUUAUUUUUGAAUGAUUACCCUUUCCUCUUUCCCUGAUACAUACAGUACCAGUCAAAAGUUUGGAUACACCUACUCAUUCCAGGGUUUUACUUUAUUUUUUACUAUUUUCUACAUUGUAGAAUAAUAGUGAAGACAUCAAAACUAUGAAAUAACACAUAUGGAAUCAUGUAGUAACCAAAAAAGUGUUUCUUUUGAGAUUCUUCAAAUAGCCACCCUUUGCCUUGAUGACAGCUUUGCACACUCUUGGCAUUCUCUCAACCAGCUUCAUGAGGAAUGCUUUUCCAACAGUCUUGAAGGAGUUCCCACAUAUGCUGAGCACUUGUUGGCUGCUUUUCCUUCACUCUGCGGUCAUCCAGAGUCACAUGUAUUUAUUUUCCAAGCUAUGGCACACUAUUUUACAUACAGCAGGUUUUUAAAGGACCAAAGAGUUUGGUCUACUUUGUGUAUUCAUUUUUGGCAUGUAAAAAAUAUUGCAAGACUGGUAUCGUCCCGGGCCUAGAUGUAGAAUCACGUGAAAAAUGUCGGCAGUCAGACGUCUACAGCGGGUGUUCCCUAAAACACAGGGCGCUGAACGAUCGGCAGGGGAACGCUAGAUUCACAUUCGGUGUGAGCCCUUACCCAAGAAAACGUACCGCUCUAAUCGCUGCCAAAGCUGUUUCUAACAGGGUGGUGAAUACUUAUCUUAUCAAGGUUCACUGAAUAUACAAAACAUUAAGAACACCUGCUCUUUCCAUGACACUGACCAGGUGAAGGCGCUGAUCCCUUUUUGAUGUCACUUGUUAAAUCCACUUCAAUCAGUGUAGAUGAAGGGGAGGAGACCGGUUAAAGAAGGAUUUUUAAGCCUUGAGACAGUUGAGACAUGGAUUGUGUAUGUGUGAAAGUCAGAGGAUGAAUGGGCAAGACAAAAGAUCUAAGUGCCUUUGAACGGGGUAUGGUAGUAGGUGCCAGGCGCACCGGUUUGUGUCAAGAACUGCAAUGCUGCUGGAUUUUUCAUGCUCAACAGUUUCCCGUGUGUAUCAAGAAUGGUCCGCUACCCAAAGGACAUCCAGCCAACUUGACAGAACUGUGGGAAGCAUUGGAGUCAACAUGGGCCAGCAUCCCUGUAGAAUGCUUUCGACACCUUGUAGAUUCCAUUCCCUGACGAAUUGAGGCUGUUCUAUGGGGCAAAAGGGGGGGAGGGUGCAACUCAAUAUUAGGAAGGUGUCCUUAAUGUUUUGUACACUCAGUGUAUAUAAGUAUUUUAUUUGUCAUAAAUCAUUUUCAUUUUUCUAAUCAUUUUGAUGAGUAUUUUGUGUGGAUCGUUGACCAAAAAAUUACAAUUUAAAUACAUUUUAAUCACACUUUGUAAGACAGGAAAAUGUGAAGAAAUCCAAGGGGGGUGAACACUUAUGAUACCAUACUUCUCUCUGUCCCAGGCCCAGGUUAAAAAACGUGGACCGGAGCAGUGCCCAGCACCUCGAGGUAACGGUGGGUGACCUGACGGUCAUAAUCACAGACUUUAAGGAGAAAACCAAGCCCGCCUCCACUCCUUCCAGUGUCGCCUCGGCAGACCAGCACAGUCCGAGCGGCAACAGCAGUUCUGACAACACAGAAAGGGGGGUGUCCCGGUCAUCCUCGCCGCGGGGGGAGGUGUCCUCGGUUAACGGCGAGAGUCACUAG